AUUCUAAUUUUUAAGAACAGCAUGAUCCAAAAACAUGCCGUGCAUGUGAGCUGCGAUACAGCGCGCGCCUUCCUCCAAAACCGUCCUAUCUCUCCGCUCCGCCUCUCCGUCUCUCUCUCUCUCUCUAACAUUUCUAGUAUAUGUUUUUUUAUCACUAUCUUCGCCCUUUGAAUCGGACUUUCAACGCACGAGGUUCGCCGGAUUCAACCCAAAUCCGACGUCCACAUGGACAAAGCCGCCGGCGAACCCCUGAAACAAUACCAUCGUCAGCGUCACCAUCACAAUGAUCAUCAUAAUUUACAAACUCCGACGUCUUUAAAGGCGUCGGAUGCCCUGCCAUUACCACUUUACCUUACGAACGGUUUGUUCUUCGGGCUGUUUUUCACCGUAGCCUACUUCCUCCUCCACCGAUGGCGUGAAAAGAUCCGCAACUCCACUCCCCUUCAUAUCCUUACUUUCCCUGAAAUUGGUGGGAUAAUUUGUUUGUCUGCUUCGGUUGUUUAUCUUCUUGGUUUCUUUGGGAUUGGCAUCGCUCAAUCUCUUAUCUCUCGAGGGUCACAGGAUUCUUGGGACGUAGAGGAAGAUCGUAUGAUGGAGAAAAAGGGGGGGCUUUGUGCUGCAGAAAUAUGUUCAGGCCCUGCAAAAAGUCCUGCUGCAUCACUUGUUUGCGCUCUUGCUCCGGUUCCGAGUGCGAGAGCUGUUAGCACAAUCUUUCAAACACCAUUGUUAGGCAGUGAUGACGAGGAGGUUAUCAAAGCUGUAGUAUCUGGGGACAUUCCUUCGUAUUCUCUGGAAUCAAAGCUUAGAGAUUGCACAAGGGCAGCUGUUAUUCGUCGUGAAGCGCUUCAGAGAAUGACAGGGAGGUCUUUGGAAGGAUUGCCACUGGAGGGGUUUGAUUAUGAGUCAAUAUUGGGGCAAUGUUGUGAGAUGCCUGUUGGGUAUGUGCAGAUUCCUGUGGGGGUUGCAGGGCCUUUGUUGCUUGACGGGAAGGAGUAUACGGUCCCAAUGGCAACUACUGAGGGGUGCUUGGUGGCCUCUACAAAUAGAGGGUGCAAGGCUAUUUAUGCAUCAGGUGGGGCUAGUUCUGUUUUGCUUAGAGAUGGCAUGACUAGAGCUCCUGUUGUCAGAUUUGGGACUGCUAAAAGGGCUGCAGAGUUGAAGUUCUUUAUCGAGGAUCCUGCAAAUUUUGACACCCUUUGUGUUGUUUUCAACAGGUCAAGCAGAUUCGGAAGGCUACAAAACAUUAAAUGUACAAUAGCAGGAAAGAACUUGUACAUGAGGUUUAGUUGCAGCACAGGUGAUGCUAUGGGAAUGAAUAUGGUCUCCAAAGGAGUCCAAAAUGUCCUUGAUUAUCUCCAAACUGAUUUUCCUGACAUGGAGAUCAUUGGCAUCUCUGGCAACUUCUGUUCAGAUAAGAAACCAGCAGCUGUAAAUUGGAUUGAAGGGCGUGGAAAGUCAGUUGUAUGUGAGGCAAUCAUAAAGGAAGAGGUGGUUCGGAAGGUAUUGAAGACCAACGUAGCCACCCUGGUGGAGCUUAACAUGCUCAAAAACCUUACCGGUUCAGCUAUGGCUGGUGCGCUUGGUGGGUUUAACGCCCAUGCCAGCAAUAUUGUUACUGCAGUCUACAUAGCCACAGGGCAGGAUCCUGCUCAGAAUGUUGAGAGCUCUCACUGCAUUACCAUGAUGGAAGCUGUUAAUGAUGGCAAGGACCUUCACAUCUCAGUCACCAUGCCUUCCAUUGAGGUGGGCACAGUUGGAGGUGGCACCCAACUAGCAUCUCAGUCAGCUUGCUUGAACCUCCUUGGAGUGAAGGGUGCUAGCAAGGACUCCCCAGGAUCAAACUCAAGACUCUUGUCCACCAUCAUUGCUGGUUCUGUUUUAGCAGGGGAGCUGUCCCUGAUGUCUGCGAUUGCAGCUGGGCAGCUUAUCAAGAGCCACAUGAAAUACAAUAGAUCUAGCAAAGACGUGUCAAAGAUAACACCCUCAAAUUGAAUGUUAUCAUCCCAUAUUUGAUUAAUUGAUAUGACAAGACUUUAUCUUAUAAUGAAAAUCAGAAAUAAAUCUCCAGCAAAAGACAUGUGGGAAGUACAAAAAUCAAGGGUAGUUGCUGGCAGGGUUAAGGACUUGAGGGGACACGCAAAGGGAAGUCCAUGUGGAGGAACUAGUAUCUAUCUAGAAAAUAAACAAAGCCUGUUCAUGUUGCCGGAUCCAUGUGACUCAGGCGGGGGGGAGAUAGUGGAUGGGACACCAUGACCUGUUUAAAUCUGUCUGUUGCGUGGGAUCCCAAUUGUUUGCGCAUCACAUCAAGACUUGGUUUCUCUGUUCCAGCCCGUGAUCUUCACCAACAUUGUUCAAAUAAUUUAAUCCAUGUUGUUAACUGUAUUUUAGAUCUGUAUUAACUUCAGAAAACGAGCAUUUCUUAAUCAGAUUUAGAUCCGUUUUAAGUGUCUGUUGUUUGUUUUGUAACUUCACUCACUGAUUGCUAUCAGGCUAAUCACAUGGUGUUAGCCAGGAGAUUAGUCCAGGCUUUGUCCA